AUGGCUCUGAUGAUGAAGCUCUUUAAAAGAGUAAAGGGGAUUAGAACACUAUGGUUCCCUCUAAUCCUUAACCUUUAGUCUGGUCUGGUCUGUGUCAGGAGAUAGCGUCAGUGGGCCGGACUUACUGUAGUACAUUUCCAUUAUGGGAAUCAGAGUUUAUUUCCGAACACAUUUAGAGGCAUUAGGGAGCUCACUCAAGCCAAAUGAAAAGGCAGUGUUGUCAAACACCCCCCGCUAUUAGUUUUACAAGCCAUUAUGAUAAUCUAAGUGAACUCCCAGAAGAGCUGUGGAGAUGCCGCUGGAAUGCACACUCAACUGCCAUUUGUAUACGCUUCUGCACUUCCAAGGUCCGUGUAACUCCUCAAUUCCUCUACUUUCCCACCUAAUUUAAUUCUCGCCUCUCCUUGAACCAGCGCUGCAAUAUAAUCACACUCUGGAUCAAGGAUUUACAUUUCAGUCAUUUAGCAGACGCUCUUAUCCAGAGCGACUUACAGUAGUGUGAGUGCAUACAUUUUCAUACUUUCUCUUAUAGGUCCCCCAUGGCAAUCAAACCCACAACCCUGGAGUGGCAAAUGCCAUGCUUUACCAACUGAGCCACACGGGAUUGGGCUGAGCAGGAUCCCUCUUCAAUUUAGAUGCAGUUUUUGACAUAUAGAGAGGAGACGAAGACGCAUUUUUGGCUGAAGAAUGUCCUUGUUUUCCCUUUGCAGAAACUCUUGAUUCAGUUUUUCCUGCAUCUCUGAUUAUAGAAGCACCACUCACUCAGUCACUCAGUCUUUUGGACACCCCAACUCUGGGCUCUGCAGGAAAGAGUGUUUCUUUAACAGAAAACAAGGUCACGCAGCACAUUAAUCUUUCAUGACAAAAUUUGUGCAGCGCAAAGAGGACAUUUUCUGCACUGUAGGGUCCACUAUUAGUUAUAUGGCUUUAUUUAUACAUCCAUCUCCAUUUAUUAUUCAUGUGCUUUUGCCCUGCAGAUUUGGAUGCGCUUUUCUUGAGGGACAGCUGAUAUGCGUGCAAUGUACAGCAGAACACACAACACAGAGAUUGCCAUCCCUAAGCACUGAUUUAGUGCAGGGCAGUGUUUCUGGUUCGUGCUUCUGGUUUGUGGACCGGCUCCGGCCCAUGGGACAUUGCUCAAAUUGAAGUUAUAAAGGAAAGGUGCUCCUCAGAGAAGGAGGACUAUACUGUAGUUUCCCAUUCUCUGACACCAGACCGAUUUGGUGGUCUGUUUCUCUAACAUCCGCUUGUGUUUUUGUCUGCCAGGCAGCCACUGAGCAGAAGAAGCUGAGCCAUGCUGGAUCCAAGCCCUCCCUCUCCGAGAGCAGCGGCCGACUCCCUCAGAUAGCCAUGAACACCUGCAAGUACAAUGGCGGCGUAGUGAGACCACUGGGCAGCCUGGCGUCUUCGCGGCGCAACCUAGCAGAGCUCGACUCGGAGACGCAGCCCCUCCAGACGCUGCACAGCUCCGGCCUGGAGGUGGUGAUAUCCAAGGGCAACGGCGAGGACCCCAGCAAGGCGUCCAACGAGAGCCUGGUCAGGGACGGAAACGGUGCUCCUGUGAAGAAGAACAAGGACAUCGGCUAUAGGCUCGGCCACCGGAGGGCACUCUUUGAGAAGCGGAAGAGACUCAGUGACUACGCCCUCAUCUUCGGAAUGUUCGGGAUCGUCGUCAUGGUGACUGAGACUGAACUGUCCUGGGGAGUUUACGGCAAGGUAAUUAGUGUGGGUGGUCUUUUUGUUUGUUGAAUACCUCCAAUACUGCUAUACUCUGAGUCGCUAUACACAAUUUCCCCACUGUGGGGGAAAACACGAGGGAGUUCUCAUAGACCGCCAGCAAAAAAAGCCUCAUGUUGCUUAUGAAUCCAUUUCACACUACUUUUGGAUUAUAAUUGAAUUGUAAGGCUUGUAUGAAUGUCCUGCUUAAUAUAUUGUUUGUGUCAUCGUCGCAAAUCAACUGCAUUAUACUUAAACACUUCAAAUUCAACCAGUAAAAUGUCAAUGAGCGUUAGCAUUCUAGCUAACUGCUGCAUUCAAAAUAGGAUUUUUGCAACUAUCACAACCAAAUGUAAUCUUAGAAACUGUUCAAGCAAUAAUCAAAACAACAUUGUAAUCCUAUGAGAACUCCACCAAAAAUGAUUUAGUUUUGAAGUUAUAACUACGUAAAUCUAGGCUAUGUUGAAUGGGCACAGACGGCAAAUGGCAGUUGUUUUCCCCCAUACUUGUUUAUGACGUGAAUAACGACUCGGAGUAUACUAUGUUUAGAUAUGAAGUAAUGUUAAACAUGGUGAACACACAGUGAACUGCAGAGAUAUCUGUGGAAGUAGAAUGACAAUUAUUGCGAUUCAAACAAAAACCUGCCUGAACAUCAUAUUUAUGAGGAUGGCCUUUUUGAAUUGUUUGAUUUCGUAUUGGAAUAGACAACUACUGCAGUAUCAGAGGGCAGAGCUUGGGCAAAGGGCUGUUUUCACUAAGCUGCUGCUGGUAUUUUGAGAGUCACUUUGAAGCCUGCCCUGCAGCCAAACACGACGCUGCCCAAUCACAAUAGAGAGAGCUGCUUCAAAGUGUCUGACAUUAUCUCUGCCCAGCGCGUGGGAGUGUCAGGACAACCCAACAUGGCGGCAGGCUGUUGUAAUUUCAGGGUCGCCAUGGCCUGGUCACGACUCCCUGACCUAUCAUUAGCUUCAUCAACCAAUCAAUUUGGAUUUGGGCAGUGCUUUCUGUGCAGAACAUUUGUCACAGUGCACUUAAGGAAAGGUUUGGCCCCAAUGUUUCCCAGACUGCACUGUUGGCUAGCGUCACCACAUAGUCAAUGCAACGAGCCAGCAUGAUAGGCCUAAGUAGUAGCUGGAUUUUUUACAACUGCAUGAGGUAAAGUAAGAUUGAGCAGCAAUGUUUUGGUUAAGUCCAGCCAAUUUGAAUUGAUAAAUUCAAUAUUGCCGAUAUGUGUCUAUGAGGUUUCUAUUAACCAAUUUUCAAAGUAAAUUUAGAUUAAUUGUCGAGUUGACCUGAGUUGAAAUUGAACUGACCCACCCCAAGAGAGCAUAUCAACAUCCAUUUACAACGACUUGGUCGUCCGCAGCCUUGACAACAGAGCAAUGGGCAGCUUUUACAAUCGCCCGUGACGAUUAUUUAAGAAUGAUUCCUAUUGUUGUUUUUGUCGCUGUUGUCAGGAUUACAACCCCCCCCCCCCCCCCCCCCCCCCCCCCCCCAAUUCAUUAUAUAACAUGUUUUAUUCCCACCACUAUUACAGCUGAUUCAUCAAACCGCUUUUUACCCACAGAGGGAACUCUAGUAGUGCAGGUCCUUAUUCCAAAGAUCUAUGACCCCUUUAUAGGCGUUGCAGCUCUAGCAUCCAAACGAUCAAUUCAUCACUCCCACCACUCACGGUGGGUCGCUUCCUGCUAAUGCUAGAAGGUGCACAACAUAACGGCUCCGUUUCUGCAUCCAGGCUACUAUUAGAUGAAUGAUGAAUUAAAAGUUUGCAUACUGUUUAGAGCCAAUGUUUGACCUCUACUUCCUGCUACUGUCAUGUUUUGAGAGAACACUGUGAUGCUGUUGUUUUUAGAUCAAACCCCUUUCCUCAGCUGUCUCAUUAGGUUCUAAGCUAAUAAUAUGUGGUGUUUUCAUUGUCUGUGUUCCUCUCCCUACUACUAGCUACAUUCACUCUAAAGGAAAACCUUUUUGGAAGAUAGAAGUUAGAUGGAUUUAUUUUGGUCUUGUUCACUCCAGCCAACAAUAUAUUUGUAUUUGUCCACCAUGAAGACUGCCUAAAUGAUUUCACAAAAAUAAAACACAUCUAAGUUGAAGAUUUCUUACGCAGUUUAUAUUAAUGCUUUUACAUUUACAGUUCUGAGGUGAAGCCAAGGUAUGACCACUCCUCUGAAAGUCAACAUAGGUUGUACAUGCUAUGUAAUCGUCAAAAAUAUUCUUAAUUUAUUUUAUAUAUUUAUAUUUCUCCUCAAUAUUACUGUAUCUCUAAACUAUAUUUCUUAUGUGUCUGUCUCUCACUACAGGAAUCUUCGUACUCAUUUGCACUGAAAUGCCUUAUCAGCCUUUCCACUGUUAUAUUGCUUGGUCUUAUAAUAAUGUACCAUGCCCGGGAAAUCCAGGUGAGUCGAAAUAGUGCAACAAUGUGGCAGGAAAUACCUUUUCAUUAUGUUGUCAUUUAUGGGCCGGUGUGGUGAUUGCCUGAAUUGCUUGAACAUUGAGUUUGAUUAUUGAGUGUGAUGAUGCCUAUUAUUGAUAAAUAGUAGUAUUAUAGUAGAUUUUUUAAAAAAGUAUUCAACAUUUAAACAGGUCAACUUAAUUGGGUAUAUUAGAUAUUUUACAGUCCUAAUUCAGCUGAUUUAUAUUAUGAUAUUUACAGAAAAUUACUGAAAUAACUGGUACUUAUUUUAAGGCUCUUUAAAAAGUGUGGCAUCUAUUAAAGCUGUAAUCCACAGCGGUGAAACUGCCACGUCCGUUCGCAAUAUUACAACAACAAAGAAAUUACUUCAAACAACGAACACAGUUUUCUUUCAUCAUUGCACAUCAUUGCACGCGAGAUAGAACAGCAGAGUAUGUAUUACGGACUGUAAAAUAUAGUAUAUGAAGACUGUAAAAUAAAGUAAAUAACUAGUGUAAAAUAAAGUAUAUAAAGACUGUAAAAUAAAGUAUAUAACUACUGUAAAAUAAAGUAUAUAACUACUGUAAAAAAGUAUAUAAAGACUGUAAAAUAAAGCAUAACUAAGCUACUUUUUGCUUCUCCCGCAGCUGUUUAUGGUGGACAAUGGGGCGGACGACUGGAGGAUAGCCAUGACGUACGAACGCAUCUUCUUCAUCGUGCUGGAGCUGCUGGUGUGCGCCAUCCACCCCAUCCCGGGCCAUUACCGCUUCACGUGGACGGCGCGGAUCGCCUUCACCUACACUCCGUCGACGGCCAACGCCGACGUGGACAUCAUCCUCUCCAUCCCCAUGUUCCUGCGCCUCUACCUGAUCGGCCGAGUCAUGCUGCUGCACAGCAAGCUCUUCACGGAUGCCUCGUCACGCAGCAUCGGCGCCCUCAACAAGAUCAACUUCAACACGCGCUUCGUCAUGAAGACGCUCAUGACCAUCUGCCCCGGCACCGUGCUGCUGGUCUUCAGCAUCUCCUCGUGGAUCAUCGCCGCCUGGACGGUGCGAGUCUGCGAGAGGUAA